AGGGUGUGGGGUGUGUGUCUUCAUUAGAACAGCAAGCUGUUUCAUCCCAGAUCCUGCACCCACGUGGAAAAGGAUGAGUUCUCAGAUCCUGCUGUGCCUCUCACUGGUUCUUUCCAUCCAUGGUGGAGCUUUGCAACCUGUGCCCAUACAGCCACCGCAAGCCUUAUAUGCUGAGGGGGAGACCGCUGUCCUGCAGUGCCCCCUGGAGAGGGGCAAGAUCCAGGACUACCAUGUUUUCUGGUUUCAGCAAAAGCCAGCCAGCCACCCCACUCUCAUUAUGAAGCAUGCCAUCGAUGGCCAGAUAGAGAAAUCAUCCAAAUUUGAUGCUCGGUUCGUCCCCAUCCGGGAUGCCAGUGCCAAUGCAUAUGUGCUGCAGAUCCAGAGGGUGCGCACUGAAGAAAGUGCCACCUAUUGGUGCCUGGCAGAAGCGAAUUACUUCAGCAUUGCAGUCUCAGGGAAAGGGACACAGCUCAGUGUCAGGGGCGGAACAUCAGUAAAGGAACCAUCAUCAGUCUUCCUCUUGUCUGAUGCUUCUCAGAGAUCCUGCUCUUCUACAGUCCACGCCUUGUGUGUAGCUGAACAAUUCUACCCAGGAUUUCUGGAGAUCAAGUGGAGCGUAGAUGGAAAAGAUAUAACGGAGGGGGUGAUGCCUAGUCAGGUGAUGUUGAACAAAGAUGGCUCGUACAGCGCCAGCAGCAUCCUGAACAUCUCUCAUAACCUCCUUGGCCCUGGCGCAUCCAUCAAGUGUUCUGUGCUCCACCAGUCCUCUGGUGCCAAGGCUGAACGGAGUCUGACACAGUGCCAGGCAUCGUAAAGACAGCAGUACCCUUGCCUUGCUUCAUUAGCCCUAAUAGGGUCUGUGUGAAGGCCACAACUGUAUUUCCUCCCUUUAGUAAUGCUCAGUAAAGCAGCCUUUAUGUCCCCA